AUGGAGUGGUGGUCGUUCGAGGUGAUGGUGAUACUGUCCGGCCUUCUCCCCAACCCCAAGCUCGAGACUGCCGUCCUCUCUAUCUGCUUGAACACCAACUCCUUGGUGUGCACGGUGCCGAAUGGGCUCUCUUCGGCCAUAAGCACGCGCGUGUCCAACGAGCUCGGAGUGGGGCAGCCCCGGGCGGCGCUUCUGGCGGCCCGCGUGGUGAUAGUGCUGGCGUUUCUGGUGGGCACGUCGGAGGGGCUCCUCCUGGUUCUUGUGCACAAAGUGUGGGGCUAUGCCUACAGCAAGGACCAGGAGGUGGUCUCCUACGUCGGCACCAUGAUGCUCAUCCUCGCCGUCUCCGUCCUCUUCGACGGCCUCCAGUACGUCCUCUCAGGGGAGAAGUUAAAAUUUGCAACUCGUCAGAAUUCUAAAGCAUGUUCUUCCUCUUCGUAG